CUUCUCUUGGAUCACGCUUAACCUUACAUACCCAAAUAAUCGCACGGUUGGAAAGGAACAUCCGCCCCAAAAUCGGGAGCGCUUUAUUCUCACCUGAAGAAGACGAACAACACAUCUGAAACAACCAAGAUGGAUGAUUACACUAGAGAAAUGAUGGACUUGAAGACUCUCGUCACUCGAACCCUAGAAAGAAAAGGGGUUCUCGCAAAGAUCCGAGCUGAGCUUAGAUCAAGUGUGUUUGAAGCAAUUGAGGAAGAGGAUAAGGCAAUCGAAAAGGAUGAAGGCUUGCCUCCUGCAUUAUUGGGGAGUUGCAAUGACCGUGCAAAGCAACUUCAUGCUUCCCCUUCAGGUCGGCUUCUAACAGCUCUAAUAUGUGAGUACUUGGACUGGGCACAACUUAGCCAUACGCUAAAAGUUUAUUUGCCUGAGUGUAACAUGCAAAAGGAUGCCUGGAAAUCCGAAUUAAAAGACUUCAGCAAUAAGAACGGAUAUGAUAUAAACCGAAACGGUGAUAGUGGUCCAUUACUGUUGGAUGUACUUGAAGGGUUCUUGAAAUUUGAGAAUCAAUCUCAAGUAAGAACUGGUGGAAGGAGAAUAAUGACCUCCGAGCAAGACUCUUUGUCCAAUUUUGAUUCUCGAAACAGAAGGCCAUCUUCCUCAUCUGUUAUCGGGGGCUUGCCGCCUCUUGGAAGGCAAAUUCCGGCUUCCCAGGCAUCAGAUCGAAGGGGAGGCUCCUCGAAUUUGGGCUUCAAUCGAAGAUACGAGGGUGAUGAUAAUCCCGAGGACAUUAUGCGGGCCUCUGCUGCCUUGGAAAACCUUCAGUUGGACAGAAAGGCUCGUAAUUUGACGAGCUCUUGGCGGCACGGAGGGGAUGGCAGCAGCGAAGAAGAUGGCAGGGGAGACCAUAUGUGAUGUAACUUCACUUGAGCCUUGGUGUAGUUUGUAGUUGAACUUGGUACUAGUGUUUCAAAGCCCAUUGGGAUGAUCCCUUUUCUCAAGGGUGGAUCUGAUUCAAAUAGCAACAACUGUUGUAUGUGUUUUUUAAUACCAUGAUUGAAAAUUAUCCGCAAUCGC